CAUUGGCUAUCAUUUUUAUGGGGAGGUGUUGUACAUCUGUUCUUUCGAUUUCAACCAACUCAUAUUUUGCGACGUCGGUUUGUUAUUUGUUUGUCGUCAAAACAUUGUUUAUCCACACUUUUUGAAAACUUUUGGACUUCUAGAACGAUGAAGAAUUGUUAUGCUCUGUGUUUUCUUGUGCGUCGUGGGAGCCGGCUUCGCCAAGGAAUCUUCCCCAUUGGUUAAGGUGUAUGGUCGCAACCCUGGCAAGUAUGGGGAGCCGAACGCUCUGAUCGGUCAUGUGAGUGGCUUCCACCCUUCAGACAUCAGCAUCGAUCUACUAAAGAACGGGGUGGUGAUGCCGACGCCCGUCACAGAUCUGGCUUUAGAGCAGGGCUGGAAGUUCCUCCUGACCAAGUGUGGCGUUCACACCCCAGAGUGUUGAGGAGUACAUCUGCAAGGUCACCCACAUGAUGAAGUCCAAGACGUACACCUGGGGCAAGCUCUCUCUGGAUGUGCUUAUGAGUGAC